AUGGCGAGCGGAAAUACUCCUACAUUAGCGUUGCGAUCCGCGCGAGGAGUCGAAGUGUGGAAGCUCGAACAACAGACACAACAGCUCACAUUUCUUCCGGACGCGAGAUUUACUCCCGACCAGAGUAAAUCUUGCCGCGCUAUUGUUUAUAGCCCCGACGGACGAUUUCUGGCCUGGGCCAAUGGUUCGACGGUGCAGCUAUGUCGGGUGUCGGCGGCCGCGAUCACAACGAUUGCGUCCCUGCCCCGACCGAAGGCAUGCUAUCUGCGGUUUUCCCCGCUCAGCAACUACCUUAUGACGUGGGAAGUGUACACCGAGAACCCGCAGGAGACCCCGAAGGAGAAACCGAAUCUGUUCAUCUAUCGGGCGGAAACGGGCGAGGAGGUAUUCUCCAUCAUCCAGAAGCGUCACCAAGAAUGGCAGAUGCACUGGAGCUGCGACGAAACCAUUGCCGCUCUGUUGGUCGGCGGAGAGGCACUCUUCUAUGAACAUGGUCCAUCCGGGCCCGGCUUUAAGCAGGUGGCACGGCGCUUCGGCAGCCUCCGGAACGGAGGUCUCUCGGUAGCCCCAGGGCCCUCGCCACCCCACAUCGGUGUCUACAUGCCCGGUACGAAGGGAGCCCCUUCGAUGUGUCGGUUGUUCAAGUACCCAAACCUGGAGAUUAACCAACCGGUGGCGUCGAAAAGCUUCUUCCAGGCGGACAAGGUGGACAUGAUGUGGAACCGGAAGGGCACCGGUUUGAUUCUGAUGACCAGCACUGAUGUUGAUACGACGGGAGUGUCUUACUACGGCAAGCAAGCGCUACACUACAUGUCUCCCAAGGGGGACUCGUGUGGCAUCCAGCUGAAAGCGGAAGGACCCAUCCACGACGUGGCCUGGAGCCCGAAGUCGGCGGAGUUUUGUGUAGUGUACGGUUUUAUGCCUGCCCGGGCAACGCUCUUCAACCUAAAGUGUGAUGUCGUGUACGAUUUCGAGCCGGGCAACAGGAACUCGAUCUUCUACAACGAUUUCGGCAAUGUGAUCCUGUUCGGCGGGUUUGGUAAUUUGCCCGGUUACAUCGAAACGUGGGAUUUGCCCAAACGCAAGAAGCUAGCAAGUUUCAAAGCACCCGAUACAACGUCCCUUGAGUGGAACCCGGCUGGUGAUACGUUCCUAACGGCCACAACCGCACCACGACUACGCAUGGCGAACGGAUUCAAAGUUUGGCAUUAUACGGGCGCUCUGCUCGGCGAGUACGAUUGGACCGGGGAGCUGCUGGAGGUCAUCUGGCAGAAGUAUCCUUCGGGCACGUUCAAGGAGGUGUCCAUCUCGGACGAGAAGAUUGUGGGCAUUGUGUCCGCAACGCCGAUAGCCAGCAGCAAGAAAUACAUUCCGCCCGGUGCACGGAACAGUGUCACUGUCACGUCCAGUGGCCAAACCAUCGACAUGAGACCACCGAUUCCGGGUCUUCCGCCCGGAUACCGUUCUUCGGUGCAGAUGAAGAACAGCAAGAAAAAUAAGAAAGCUGCCAGCAAAGCCGCUGCUGCCAAUGCGGAGACGAGUGAAACGGGCGGUGACACUACUGCUGCACCGCCGCCAGCCGCACCCAAAAAGCAAACGGCUAAGAAAAACGCUAAAAACAACGCCGACGGUGAUCUGGCCAAUGGCAACUCCAACACCAAGUCGACCGGCCCAGCGACGAACGAGAGCAGCAACAACAGUGUGCCCAAAGUGUCACCGACUGGUGAUCCGAACAAGGACAAAAAAAUUAAAGCAAUCCAAAAGAAGCUGAAGGACAUAAAGGUGCUGAAGGAAAAGCACGAGCGUGGCGAAACGCUCGUGCAGACGCAGAUUGUAAAGAUGAACUCCGAGAACCAGCUGAUAAAGGAGCUGGAAACGCUGAAGGUGGCGUGA